GUAAUCCAUACAACAGAUCAGCCUUCUGCCAUCCAGCAUUUCAACCGUUGUACCUCCUCUUUUGUACUUUUUGUGUUGGGAUAAAAACUAAAAGGGAAAUCUAUUUGUUUCGGUUCGUACAACAGUUGUCAAACUUAAGAUGUGGCUGAGGGGAGAGAUGUAAAGUGCGGUGUUGAUCCACUUGUUGAUUGAGUAAGACUCGCGGUUAGCUGACUAGCUCUCACGCGCACUUAACACAAGACUGGACGAACGUAACCUUCAGUAUGAACGCAGCGAAUCCUUUAUGACUAACGUUAAUCUGUAAUUCGGAUUUACGACUCGAAUCCGAGCAGUUGCGAUAUCGACAGCCCGUCAGUGAGCGUUUGUUAUUCUAGGAAACACUUGAUGGAUCCUGUUAAUUCAGGAAACACUUGAUGGCGAGACAAACUUAAACCGAAUCCUUUGGCUAAUGCUAACAUAAUGAAAGGGGUUAGAUAAACCAUAAACAAACAAAACUACACAUUUCGGUCAAUCGCAGUUUGUUUCGAGAAUUGAAACAAACAUAUAUAGGUCUGUAAGUUUGUUUUGUAAAUUUACACUCCAGUUUAUUAUUAAAGAGUGGUCUUAAAUGAUGGACAGCGCCUCGUUCAGUGGAGAAAACUAGGCAACGAAGUAUCCAAGAGAUGUUCAUGUGGAAUAACAACAACAGCUGCUUUUAAUGUGGAAGACUGUGUAGGAUUUUUUUUUUUAUCUUUCUUUUUUGGAACCAGUUAAAAAAAAAACUACACAGAAGACUACAAUUGUGUUAUUUUGGGAGAUUGGUUGUGUAUGAAAUGGGCACUAUCAACCAAUACCCUAUAGACUCUAUAGGCUUUCCUGAGGGAGAUCACAGGAUCUUUUACAGCUCCGAGAGAUCUGGGAGUUUUGAUGAACAUCAUGGUAAUGGUGAGGGAUGGAAAGUGGUGGAUGUGACCCUUGCUGGGGGAGCACCAUGGGGUUUCACCAUCAGAGGUGGACUGGAGCGCAGAGAACCUCUUCUUAUAACCAAGGUGGAAGAGGGCAGCAAGGCCGCAACCGCAAGACUGCAGGUUGGAGAUGAACUCAUCAAUGUCAACAACAUUUCUCUCAGCGGCUACAGACAAGAGGCCAUCUGCCUAAUCAAGGGCUCCCACAAGACUCUCAGCCUGGUGGUGAAAAGGAAGAUGAAAAUGGUGGAUAUUGUAGCACAGAAAAUGCCAUCAGAGAGCGACGUGCAUAUGGCCCGGAGCUUUCUCACGAAGAUUUUACGAAGUUCCAUGAGAAAGAACCGAUUUAAAGGGAGAAAUGAACCCAUGAGUAGACCUCACUCCUGGCAUGCGACCAAGUUCAACGAGAGCCACUCUGAAGCCAAAAACCAGUCCACACCCUCACCAGUCUGGCAAACAAAAUAUGAUGCAAGUUCAUUCUCUUCUGAACUCUCAACUGGCUGGGAGCAAACAAAUCUACAGAGAGUAUCUGACCAGUUCAGCUCUUUGGGGAGUAUGGACAGCCUAGAGCAUAGCGCACAUCCCUAUACAGCUGGUCGUCUUUCCCCAAGCAAGUCCAACAAUAACAGCAUUGAACAUUUGGGCGGAGGUAAACGAGACUCUGCUUACAGCUCCUUUUCUACAAGCUCAGGAACCCCAGAUUACACACUGUCCAAAAGUAACGCUGCAUCCACUGAGAACAUGCUGUACAAAAUUAAUCAGUGGGACUCAAGUGGCAGGCACAGCAAUGGCAGACAUAGCCAAAGCCUAAGCGAAGUGGUACGACAAGAUGAGAGGCUUGGAUACUUGCAGCAUCUCUCAAGUUCAGGUAGCCAUGAGAUCCCAAAAGCCGAAGAACAACCAGGCGCUCGGCAUUCAAGCUCUGGAAGAGUAAGUAUUGGACCUGUCUGGCAUGUCCCAGAUAUGAAGAAAAACAUGGUAUCCUCCACCCCACCUCCUACUCCACCGACACGCAGUGAUAGUUUUGCAGCUACCAAGGUUCAUGAGAAGGGUCUGAACACAGGCACCUCUGAAGGCCUUGGUGUUCAUGCCCAGUUAAAGCCUCAGGUAAAAUCAUUGCAAAAGACAGGAGAGACCCAUGAAAGCACACAAAGGUCUCACCAAAUCAACGAGACUGGUCUUGAGGGCCGACGCGAUUAUAACCUGCCAUCCAGAAAUGAUUCCUCAAAUCCCUAUAUUUCAUCUGAUGCCCAUCAUCAGUAUCCACCUCGUAUGUCAUCAGACAAGACAUACUCCCAAUCAACUACAGACGUCAGAGAUAGACAUCAGUCCUAUGCCCAUGUUCCAUACCAUCCGCGGCAGUACAGCGACGAGGGCACUUUUCACGCUCAAACUAGGACAAUACCAGCACUGAAACCUCCAUUCAGUGGCUACUUCAGCAGUAUGCAGGAGCUGCCCACAAACAACCACAUGCAACUCAGUAGCCAGAAUCAAACUAGAAGGCCAGCUGCAUCAAUGUCCGGUCAUGUUGGAGUUACCUCUCAUCAUAUCGCUCAGGGAAUGACCCAGGCAUCUUUAGUGAGAGUUGAUGACUCUAAAGCUUCUUCAGUCUCAGAAAUGUCACACAGUGGACGUGACAGGAUGUCCAUAGGUUCUCAAGGUGGAGCAAAAGACCGCUAUUUGCAACAUCAGUCACAGCACUAUGAUACAGAGCAUAAAGACAACAAUGUCCCCUUCAAACAAAGUGACAACCACCAUCGCAUUUUCUCUGCACCGAGUAAUCCCUUGAAUGUAUCUGAUUUAACAAAACCUUCUCAAUUGACGGGGAGCCAAAAGCAACACCAAGUUUCUAGCUCAGAUGAGCAUUCUGGUAGUUAUACCUCAAGUAAGCAACCCGAGCACAGGAGAAGUGCUGGUCAUCUCCAUCUUAAAGAGUACUCACAACAACCCUUUCCAACUAAAAGCGAGUCAAAGAUUUGUCCCCAGAAAUCACCAAUGCUGUAUUCUCUGGUCCAAGAGCGCACUGACGUGGAGGACUGUCAAGAUGAGAUCAACAGCGGAAAUGCACAACAGGAAGACCUUGACAGUCAGAGUGGCAAACAGGCACAACGAAGUGACAGAUUUGCCACCACCUUGCGCAAUGAGAUCCAGAUGAGGAGGGCCCAGCUUCAAAAGAGUCGAAGCGCAGCCACUUUGGAAAGUCCAGUUGAAGCUGUAGAAGAGCCUGCAGUCUGGAAGACCACUGGGACAACUUCUUCCUCCUCAGAUGGCUGCUUUUCCAGCUCUUAUAAAGACCAUCUGAAAGAAGCGCAAGCCAGAGUCCUCCAGGCUACAUCCUUUAGGAGGAAAGACCUAGAGCCAGUCUUGCUUGAGCAUCCAGGUACUGAGGGUCCCACUAGGAAAGAGACACCUCCGCUUCCAGGUGUCUCUGAGGUCCCACCUACCAAACCCACCUCAGGGAGUAAUCAGGUGCUUCGCAUUGGCAGCCGCAAGCGGUUUUCUGCAGAAAAGAAAGUUCGCUCUUUUUCUGAGCCAGAUAAAAUUCAUGAAGUAGGAGCUUAUGAGCGCUCCAGUGUGCCUGAUAAUGCUGCACCCUUAGAAAAUCGGCACAGAUUAUUUGAGGCAGUGGGGAAACCAGCUUUCCCUAAGCCUAUGCCAAAGCAAAACCUGCAGAUAUCUGAAGACUCCAGACUGUCCAAGUCUGGAGGCAUGCACUAUUCUGGAAAGAGUGACACAGCAAGGCGGAGUAACAGUGAAGGCUCAACCCCCACUGAACACCACCUUAAUGAAGGUCAGGAUGGCCCUCACUCAGUGAACCGACAAGCUAUGCUAGAACAACAGCGACUUGGCACCUUUGCGGAGUAUGAGGCCAAAUGGAACAUCCAAAGGAAAACGGCUGAACCAAGAGUAUCUGGACGAUACCACUCUGCUGAUAACAUCCUUGAUACAGGAAAUGAGAGACGGAGUAAGCCCACCUGUGUGCAUGAAAGAUCUAGAUCCUCCCCUUCUGCUGAAUUCUAUGGACAGAAACUUCCAAUUCAAGAAAAGAAGUCAGCUGACUAUUCCAAGCCUGAGAAAAAUCUCUGCGAACAGGAUAAGAAUAGUACAAGGUUAAAUGAGAAAGGAUACAGUGAACUCAUAUGCGAGGAGAAACCAGAAGCACCUCCUUCGGCCUUGACUGAAGACCUGGAGAAAAAGGCUUUAGAACCUUCAUCCAGUCAUCAUAAAACUGCACAGCAUUUCUCUGACCAUAGCAAUCGCAGUGAACCGUCAGCCCUCUCCAAAAACAAGAGCUCUGUUCUCUUGCCCCAUCUGGAGAAGUACAAAUGCCCUGAGGGCACACCUCCUCCUCUUAGCAAAUUUCAGGAGGUCCAGCCUGGAUCACGAGGAGGAGUCUUGGCCUCACUUUCUGCUGUUAGCAAUCAAAGCUUUGCCCCUCUUUCAGUCCCUGUUCCCUGGAAGGGUUCUGAGCAGCACAGCAAAGGGCCAACCAGGGAGGAGGAGCUACAACAAGAGCUUGUGCCUCCUCCCUUUCCACCUCCUCCCCCUCCAGCUGUCCUGCCCACCCAACAAACCGCUGGCCCGACCCAGCCCACCAUGGAGGGCCAGCGUUCGCCCUCGCCCCAGUUUGCUCCCCAGAGGCUGACUGACAAGCCCCCUGUCUCCGUCUCCAUACAGGAUGAAGCUCCUGGAAGGAUGGAUAAAGUUAAAGUUGAGAACACGUCAGUGAAGAAAGUUCCAAUUAAGAUUGUCCACUCUGAGAGUGACACCCAAAAAGAAAGUCGACAAUAUCUCGACCUGCCCAUCGAGACCCCUGUCAGCUCUCAAGGACCUGGAGGAACUCCUCUUCAGAGUUUGGGAAACCCGGAUCAAUCAUACUCUCUGUUCUGUACUUACACCAGGGAAAAGGACCAGGGACCUGAUCCGAGAGAAGCAGAUAUGGGCCCUCUAAAAGACCAGGGUCCACAAACCAAUGUGAACCCAGUAUCUUAUGCAUUACAUGGCCAGCAGACAGCCCCUUCAUCUGAUCAAAGCAGCAACGGAGUGUCUUCACAUCCCUCACGGUCAGAAGAUGACGAAAAAAGAAAGGAGCUUGCUAGAGACAUAAUGGACAAGGACAAGUCCUUAGUGGACAUUUUAGACCUGAGUAAGAUGAAGACCACCAUGGAUCUGAUGGAGGGGAUUUUCCCUCAAGGAGAGCAGCUACUGGAAGAGGCCCAACAGCGCAGGAAAGCUGCACCUAAACAGCUUUCUCCUCGCAACUCUGUGGAGAAGAAAGAGGAGGAGAGCCUAGUGGCAGCCACUGCUUUAGUGACUAAUUCAACCUACUACAGUACAUCUGCACCCAAAGCAGAGCUGUUGAUUAAGAUGAAGGACAUGCAGGAACAGAGUGUGGAACACAACUCAGAGGAGGAGCUGGAGGAGGACAAUGAAGGUGAUCUUGCCAGCAAGAAGCAUGAGUUGAUUGACAGUCUCAGCAAGAAGUUGCAGGUGCUGAGGGAAGCUCAGGAGAGUCUACAGGAGGACGUGCAAGACAACAACGCUCUUGGAGAGGAUGUGGAGGCCAUCGUACAGGGUGUCUGCAAGCCUAAUGAACUCGAAAAGUUCCGUAUGUUCGUUGGUGAUCUUGAUAAAGUGGUCAACCUUCUGCUGUCUCUGUCUGGACGCUUGGCCAGAGUAGAGAAUGCCCUGAACAGCCUGGAGGAAGACGCUUCACUGGAGGAGAGGCGUACACUGACAGAGAAACGCAAACUGCUGAUCCGUCAACAUGAGGAUGCCAAGGAGCUGAAGGAGAACCUUGACAGGAGAGAACGGGUCGUCUACGACAUCCUGGCGAGCUACCUGUCAGAAGAGAAUAUGGCUGACUAUGAGCACUUUGUGAAGAUGAAGUCUGCCCUUAUUAUUGAGCAGCGCAAGCUCGAGGACAAGAUCAAACUGGGGGAGGAGCAGCUUAAGUGUCUGAUGGACAGUCUCCCAAUGGACCAGAGGACAACCAACUGAGGACUUAAAAAACGUUUAUGCAGUGAUCCAGAGCAACUCGCUUGACGUCACCCUAAAUAACAGGGUUCCAAAGCAGUACUUAAUGUGGUCCAUUUACUGCCAAUGGAAUUGCAUUCUGGUCAUAUAUUGAGUGCUUCUUGUCUGCCCCAGCAGACAGCAUUUUGGCAAGACUCAUGAAGACUGUGAAAGUGCUGGGCACUUUUAGAUCAUGAUUUGACCAAAUCACCUGUCAGCUGAUCUUAUACUUUCAUGACGUUACACGACCCAUAGAAUUAUAUGGUGAAAUAAUAAUAUUUAAAGACACUUUUAAUUUUUCCCCCACAUCGGUUUAAAUAGAUCACGCCCUUUUUGCACCAAUGUGCUCUCAAAACUUGACACUCUCUAUGUAAAUGCAAUGGUCACUCACUGUGCUGUAUCUUUGUAACCUCUAGAGGGCAAUGAAAGACACCACAAAAUGUUUAUGCCUGAACACCAAUGCAAAUUUUUGUGAUUCAAACAUACACUCAAAUCCCGGUGGCAUAAAGCUUUGCACAUGUAAGCCGUUUCUAUUUACACCAGGAGGUUGUAAUUAACUUCCAAAAAUGACUUUUUGAUGGUGCAUUAUUUCAAAUGACAUGUGUCACUACCCUGGUCAUGUUAAAAAAUAAUUCAAUGAUAUUUUUAGUAAUUUAUUUUAGCCUUUUGAACCUUUGUAUAUAACUAGAAUAGGCUAGAAUUGUACUCUUUCGCUUCAUUUUAGUCAAGCAAACUACCACUUUAGUCUGCACGCUUUUUAUAGAUGAAUGUAUGAUAUAUCACCAUACAAUGCAUUGUAACAUCAAAAUUAGGUUUGACUGUAAGUAUUCUGAAAGACUUGCCUAAACGAUAUAAUAUUAUUUCACUAAGGAUUCUGUGCUUGUCUAUAAAAUACCAGCUGCCUUUUAUUCCACGUCAUGUCUUUGUGUCAUUUAUAAUUCCAUCUGUAAGAUAUUUGUGACCCUGGACCACAAAACCAGUCAAAAGGGUCAAUUUUUAAAUCAUCUAAACAAACUGGCUAUUGCUACAAAUAUACCUAUGCUACUCAUAACUGGUUUUAUGGUCUAGGGUCACAUUUGUG